AUGAAAACUUUUAUCUGGUUUGCCGUUAUCUUUUGCAUCAUUUAUGGAAUGAUGAUUAACGCAUUACCCAUCGAGGAGGGAGAUGAAGUUCACCUUCUUGAGAAGCGUUGUAGUUUUUUCUCAAGGUUGAUCGGUGACUGUGACAAUCCCGGAGCAGUUUGUGCGUCUGACAUGGAUUGCGGUGAUUUGGAAUGUCUCCCAGCCGGGACUGGACCUCAUCGUUGUCAAUAA